UGUUCUCAUCACCACUAGUAUCAUGUUUACUACUUGGAAAUGCUUGAUGUUUGUUUAUUUUCUUCCAUUGCCUCCCGUCCCCAAACCAGUCUAGGCACGAGUGGUUCUUGCACAGAGUCCGGCAGUGAUCGUUUCACAAUUGAAGCAUGUAAGGAGACUGAAAUGUUGAACUACCUCAUAGAGUGCUUUGACAGAGUUGGAAUAGAAGAGAGAAAAGCUCCAAAGAUGUGCAGUCAACCAUCUGUUAGUCAGCUGCUCAGCAACAUCCGAUCCCAGUGUAUCUCCCAUACAGCUCUUGUGUUGCAGGGGGCCCUUACACAGCCAAGGUCCUUGUUGCAGCAGUCGUUACUAGUACCAUAUAUGUUGUGUAGGAAUCUUCCUUACGGCUUCAUUCAAGAGCUAGUUAGAAUGACCCAUCAGGACUCCGAGGUAUUCAAACAGAUCUUUAUUCCAAUCAUACAAGGCCUAGCACUGGCUGUGAAAGAAUGUUCUUUAGAUGGUGAUAAUUUCAAGUAUCCACUUGUGGCAUUGCAAGAAUUAUGUGAAAUUAAGUUUGGGAAGACGCAUCCUGUGUGCACUUUGGUGAUCUCACUUCCUUUGUUUUUGCCUGAUCCUUUAAGUCAAGGCACAGGCAGAGAGUUGCAGAGACUUUCGGUUCUUGGCUCUUUCUUCAGCCUGUCUGUGUUUGCAGAGGAUGAUACGAGAGUUGUUGAGAAAUAUUUCUCUGGACCUACACUUACACUUGAAAAUACUAGAGUUGUUAGUCAAUCCUUGCAGCACCAUCUAGAAUCAGCCAGGACUGAUCUCUUCAAAAUUUUGCACAAUAUUUUACUUAAUGGUGAGACUAGAGAGUCUGCAUUAAAUUACAUGGCAGCAGUGGUAAAUCGCAAUAUGAAGAAAGCACAAAUGCAGAAAUUGGUGCGGAGCAAGGCAUGUGCUGAUGCUGGUUUGUUAGAUGAGAAUCUAUUGAGAAGAUGCCUCCAGUUUUAUGGCACAUUAAUUCAAUUGAUCUUUCGUCUGGUUGAUCCACACUACCCAGACAUGACACUGCCCCUUAAUCCAGAGAUACCGAAGGUGUUUGCAGCAUUGCCUGAAUUCUAUUUAGAAGAUAUUGCAGAAUUUUUGCUGUUUAUUGUACAAUAUUCCCCUCAGGUUUUGUAUGAACCUUGUACUCAGGACGUUGUGACCUUCCUUGUUGUAUUUAUCUGUAGUCAGAACUAUAUCCGAAAUCCUUACUUGAUUGCCAAGUUGGUAGAAGUCAUGUUUGUGACAAAUCCAGCAGUUCAGCCUCGAACACAGAAAUUCUAUGAGAUAAUGGAGAAUCAUCCAUUGGCUACUAAACAACUUGUGCCUGCAUUAAUGAAAUUUUACACUGAUGUUGAACAUACUGGAGCAACCAGUGAAUUCUAUGACAAGUUCACUAUCCGUUACCACAUCAGCACAAUCUUUAAGAGCCUUUGGCAGAAUGUGGCACAUCAAGGUACCUUCAUGGAAGAGUUUAAUUCGGGAAAGCAAUUUGUUCGUUACAUCAAUAUGCUCAUAAAUGACACCACCUAUUUGCUGGAUGAAAGUCUAGAUUCUCUCAAACGCAUCCAUGAGGUACAAGAAGAAAUGAAGAACAAGGAGCGCUGGGACUCAUUGCCCAGGGAUCAGCAACAAAGUCGGCAAUCACAGCUGACACAGGAUGAACGUGUCUCCCGCUCAUACCUUGCUCUUGGGGCGGAAACAGUGGAUAUGUUCCAUUAUCUCACCAAACAAGUGCAAAAACCUUUCCUAAGACCUGAACUUGGCCCACGCCUAGCUGCCAUGUUAAAUUUUAACCUGCAGCAACUGUGUGGACCUAAAUGUCGUGAUCUAAAGGUAGAGAAUCCAGAGAAAUAUGGUUUUGAACCAAAGAAGCUUUUGGAUCAGCUGACAGAUAUUUACCUGCAUUUAGACUGCCCCCGGUUUGCAAAAGCCAUUGCUGAUGAUCAGCGAUCAUACAGUAAAGAAUUAUUUGAUGAGGUGAUUUCAAAAAUGAGGAAAGCGGGAAUUAAAUCGACAAUAGCUAUUGAAAAAUUCAGACUUCUGGCAGAAAAAGUGGAAGAAAUAGUUACAAAGAAUGCCCGUGCAGAAAUUGAUUAUGGAGAUGCACCAGAUGAAUUCAGAGAUCCUUUGAUGGAUACUCUGAUGAAUGAUCCUGUGAAACUACCCUCUGGGACCAUAAUGGACCGUUCCAUUAUUUUAAGACACUUGCUGAAUUCACCAACAGAUCCAUUUAACCGUCAACACCUGACAGAAAAUAUGUUGGAGCCAGUGCCUGAACUGAAGGAAAAGAUCCAUGCCUGGAUGAAAGAGAAGCAACAUGCAAAUCGUUCUUCACAGUGAAGUGUUACUCAUGUGGGAUACAAUGAGAAAAGAUGUGUAGUUGUGAACUUAGACCACCAGAUUAUUAAGACCCAAAAGCAAAUCUGCUCAACACUGAGGCUCUGCAGGCUACGUCUGCUGCACUGAUAUUAAAAAGGGUGAACUGAACACAUUAGAAAAAUGUUAUGUCUCUGUAAAUAAAUCUAAUUUAAAGAACAAAAAUAGUUAAAAGGAGAAAAGUUCAGAGGUGUUGGGUACAAUUUAGAAUACCUUUUUCAGUACAGCUACACGUGACCAAUUGCCUUGCGGCAAUUUUGAAACAAAAACGGUCUGAGCAAACAAUGGUUUUUAAAAUGACUGUGUAUUAACAGAAGAUGGCUGUAUUUUAGGUUGACGUUAUUACUGUAUCUUGCGACCAGUCGCUGCUAAAGGGACUGUUUUGUUUGCUGCACUAAAUGUUUCUCAAAACCAAAGUAAUGCACAGGCCCUUUCCCUAAAACCUGAUGUUUUAAUUAUGAGGCAUAAUCAGUUGGCUCACAGGAUUAAUGGUGAGACUGCUGAAUUCUAUUUGUUUACCAUUAACUUAUAUUUUUGUCUCUCGAUUUUUCUCCCCCUCCCCACCCCCCUGACACCAAUGCAUAGGCUUUUGUGCAAAUUCUGUAGCAAGCAAGUGAGGUUAUGGAUUUCCUCCAUUUCUGCUGAACCAUGUUCUAUGACCAUCAUUUUUUCCACAGUCUGAUCUGCAUUAUUGGAAUAUUUUGAUUGCAAUAAGGCUUUUUUUAAAAGAGGGAUUUUCUCCAAGAAAGUACUUCAGUCCAGCUGCUGUUGGAUUGCCUUCCUCUCUGAGGACCUUUUACUGCUACAGCACACUAGAGGGCACUCUUGUUCGCCAGGAGUUCCUUCAGCCUUAUAUCAAUGUGUUUUAACUAGUAUAUAGUUGGUGCCACUUCAGUGACUACCUGAUAAGUGAAUAAAAAUGAAAACUCCAAAUUCUUUUUUUUUCUAUCAGCCCUGUUGUAUUCACUUCUUCUGUUACAUUAAUUUGAGCUUUUAAUUCUUUGUAAGUUGACUACAUUUUCUACAUUCUGUGUAAUUUGCUGCGAAGCUUGUUAUUUCAACAGUCCUGAAUUGCAGCAAGUUGAAGUAAUGUGAAGUUACUUUGCAUUAUGGAAAAUCUUCUUUGCAAAUUAAAUAAAGUAUGCAAGAAAAAUCCCAAAUUACAAAUGAUUUCCAGAUAACUGAGUUGCUCACAGUUCCACAAAAACGCUUCGACUGAAGAGUUGACUCUGCUGCCAUUUCUGCAUCUGACAGUUUAGAAAUCAUCUGGUAUCACUGGAAUAUCUUGAUGUUCUUUUAAACUGCUGCACUGUGACAUCUGCAAUUCUGCAUGGAUCCAGUUACCGUAACAAAACGCGACUAGCCACCAUUUCCCUUCAGUGCAACAACAUCUGUGUUAACAGGGCAAGGAAAUCCAGUUAUCAGGUUCGAGUAUGUGGGCAUGUUGCUGCACUUGUAUAGUGACCAGUGUUGUGCUGCUGUACAUCAAUUGCAAGCCUUUGCUAUAACUGUGAAUAAUGAGUGCUCUGCUGCAUAACACCUUUAGUCUCGAAAUUGUAAUUGUCUAGCUUAAUUCUUUUUUGCAGUGAAGUCUGUAAAUAUGCAAAAUCAUUACAGAAACAGCAAUAAGUGGAGGCUGCAGUACAAAAUGCUGUCAAAGGAAAUUAGAAUUUUAUUAUAACUUUAUGCAGAUUGUCCAGAACCUGCUCUUAUCCCUACCAUUCUUAGCACGUUCGGUACUUCUGUUCCGACAAAUUUUCCAUUCAAGGUCAUCCAUUUCAUUUUAGUUGCCUGCAGAUUGAUUCUUCAAAUUCAUGUGUCACAUCUGCUGAGCAUAAAUUUUUCUGGCAAAUAUUUUACAAUGCUCAUAGAUUUCAAAUCUGUUUUUACACUUUUCAAAUUGUACUGAUUCUUAACUGUAGUGGUAUGUUCUUAUGCAAUGUACUUUGGCUAUCUUCCUCUUUGUUACUCAAGGGUUAAUUGAGGAAGUGUUCAAAUUGCUGGCUGUAAAAUUGGAUGAUUUUCAUUGCAAAACUCCAACAAGCAUAUGUCUAACAUAUGACAGUCCACUUAAUCCUGUGCAAGCAAUUUUAGGAUUCUGACCCCAUUUCUGUACUUAACAUCUGUGUACUUCUGCCCUAAUUCUAGAUUAAAUAAAUACUGUCAGAUCAAAAGCUGGUCAUUUACAUCUCACCGUUAUAUAAAUUAACAUCUGUUGAUAGUUCUGUGCAAAAUUUGAAAAUGUAUACUAAAUCUGUUGCAAGUCUAUAAAAUAUCUUGAAAGAAAACCUGGAAUUCAGCAAUCAAAGUGUAAAAUGGUAGAAAUGCACAGUCAGCUCAGCGAUGUUAGUAAAGAGAAGAGACAGGCCAAUAUUUGAGGUGUCCAUCCUGUUAACGUAUCCGGGGAUUUGAACCUGCCUUGUCUCUAAAUCCUGCCUGGCCAGCUGUGCGUUUCUACCCCUUUAUAUUGUUUUGAGAUGCCUAAAUUUAGUUUUGACAAUUGCAGAAUAUAAAUCCAGCUUCAUAAAGGACUAAUCCAAUCGGCAUUAAUGACCCUUUUUGAAUUGUUAAACUGGUAUUCUAGCUGUUUUAGUAGAGUGUCUUGCCCCACGUGUUGCAAAUAGCAGUUCAAGAAAGAAACAGCACGCUGUCCUGGAUAGAGCUUUCACACAUCAUGUCAGCUAUGGCUCAGGGUAGCACAUUCGCCACUGAGUCAGAUGAUUGUGAGUUCAAGUCACUAUUCAGAGACUUAAGCCCAACAAUUGCAGGUCAGCAGAGGUGUUGCCCUUUGUAUAUGAUAUUGAACUGACUUUAUAAAGUGCCCAAAACUUGGAAUAUAAAGGAUGAAUUUUUAACUAGCUACUGGACUUGUCCCUGCCCCUGUCCCAGCAAUUAGAAUAUUUAAACAUAAAAUGCUUUUGCUAAAGGGUGUAUGUUUUCUACAGCAGCAGUGUUACACACAUUAGGACUAGAUUAUUAAACAAAAAAAAUUUAGUCUAAAUAUUUUAAUAAGUGAAUCUUGUGCAUUUUUUCAUUUGUCCUUUUCAGAAUCACCUGUUUAAUCUUUUGAGCCAAAAUUUGUUGGCGUGGCCAGAUGUUGGAUUUUGUUUACUCUUUAAAUGGGAAGGAAGCUGUGCAGAUAAAGAACAUCUAAGGUGCCUCUGUGCAAGUUAUAUAGCCCGAUCUUAAAACUGCUACUGAUUUAUAAUGUAGUUAAUAGUAAUAUGUGAGGCAAAGUCUGUCCUUGUCCAGUUCAGACAUGUUACAUGCACAACAGUCUGUUGUUAAUUUUACCUAAACUUGGAAAUUCAUUUUUGUUAAUUUUGUAAAAUUUUGAGGUGACCUGCUGAGGAAAUAGAUGACCUUUUCUAAUCCAGAACCUUUCUCAAAACAAAGCAAUUCAAAGUUAUGACUACCCAUAAUGUCCCAACCAUUCAGAAUUAACAUUUUGGCCAAAUGUGGACAUUCAUGGAUUUCUAACUGCUACUUUGUUCAGUUUCCCCCUUUAAAUUCAAGAUCUUAAUUAUUUUAGAAAUUGUGACGCUGUAGUUGCAUAAAAGACGAUUGAGACCAUCCUGGACUAGAAAGAAUUAAAAUUUGUUUAAGAUUGUCAGCUAUGUUGUAUAAGGUAAUGUGCACUCCUUCAGCCAACUAAAAUGAUACCAUGAUAUUGUGAUUUGUAUUUACCUAUCCUUCAUACCCCAGUAUUGUUAAACUGGAAAUUCUAGUUCUGCAGCAAGUAAACGAGGAAAUUUAACAGCUACAUUGUCCAGUUAGAAUUUGCAUUUUUUGGUAAUGUCAUUCUGCCCCUUACUAUAGGCACUUGAAUUUCUGGUUUAUUUCUUAUUUUAAAAAGCUGGAAGUUUUCUUUGUUUUCUAAUAAACGCUGUCAUUAUCAGAGAACUGUUUUUAAUGAUAAACCUGCUCAGAAUGGUAAUUCCUAUAGACUUCUGAUUGCUUCCAACCUUUGAAUUCCAAUAAAUGGUGGUAUACAUUUCAAAUACAAAAUGGUAUCAUUGUCUUCUACUGAGUUGGAGACUGUUCAUUCUGUUUUUGAAGCCAAAUAUAUUUGCAUUUUAGUGACUCUGAACUGGAUUCCAUGCAGUCAUCUGUUCUGUAUAAUUCUUUGCUUGUCUGUGUUUUCAUUGUUCUGUAGACUGCACGUGAUACUAUAUUUCUUCCUGAGCUGUGAGCAACUUGCACACCACAUUCAUGUCUCAUUUUAGAACAGUUGUAGAAUUUAUUAGAUUUCACCUUCCUCUUCAAACUUCUGUUUCAAGGUUUGAUCUAACUUGAGCUAUGGCAGGCAAAGAAUGACCAAAGUUGUACGUAUGCGACUGAUUCUUCUGCGUUACUUAGUACUAAAAUAAAAGAUGCAGUAACUGUUGCCCACCUCUCUCCUCACAAGUCUGUGACAGGGAUGAGUAAUUCCUUCAUUAUUUAAAAUUGAAUGUUCUACAGAUGUUAUUAUGUAUGAAUAUUGACUAGGUAAGCUUUAAAUGGACAAAAAUGGUGUGUCGUGCACAUUGGAAUCCAAAGGUUCCAAAUGUUACUUUGAAUGUACCUGUUAACCAACCAGAUUAACUUCUGCGCACAAGCUUCCAGCCAUCAACUGAAAACAGUUGAGGUAGCUGGGUGGAAUUAUUGAGAAUUCUCUGUUAAGCCAGUUGAAUUAUAAGUGAUUGCAGUAAGCAUAUCAGUUACUUGUGUUAGGAUUCUUAUGGUGCAGUGGUGUUGUCCCUACCUCUAGGCUAGAAGGUCCAGGUUCAAGUCUCACCUGUCCUGGAGAAGCAUCUUGAUAUGAUUGAACAUGUCGAUUUUAAAAAAAAAAAAAAAAAAAAAAAAAUUGAGUGAAAUAUAUAAUACUGCCAAAGGAAAAGCAUCUAAAUAAUUUUUUGAAGAGAAAAGUAUUUGAAGAGGACAAUACAGACCUGGGCACAAUUGAGGAUGACUCAUCAUCCUCAUCUCUUGAAUUGUAACUGGUUUUGUUUCCUUGUGUGCCUGUUCAGAAAUUGUGCCUGACCAAUUCUGCCUAUCUAUCUGCGUUAAACUGGUAUUCUAACUGUUAAUUGUUAAGCUGUUACAAUGCAGAUGUUGCAAAAUGUUUUGUCAAGAACUACCUGGAUGCUGUUCUGUAUGUUUCACACAUUAUGUCAGCCACGAUUCUGUGGGUAGCACACUUGCCUCUGAGUCAGAACGUUGUGGGUUUAAGGAGCAUUUCAGAGUCUUGAGCAUAACAUUUUCAGGUUGGCAGUCCUGUGCAGUACUGAGACUGCUGCAUUGACUGAGGUGCUCCCCUUUGGAAUGAGAUGUCAAACUGGUGCCACGUCUGGGUGGGUAUAAAAGAUCCUGUGAUACAGUCCAGAGAAGGUCAUGACAGAUGUCCCGAUGCCAUGGCCAAUGGUUAAGCCACAAUCAAAAUAAGUGUCACUGUUUCUUUGGAUCUUGCUGUGUAAACAAUUAACUGCUGCAAUUUUUGAUAAUAUAACAGUGUCUACACGCACACUUAAUUGGCCAAGGAAGAUACUUUGAGAAGACCUGAGGCCAUGUGGGUCAGAGUAGAAAUGUUUUUUCUGUCAAAUCAGAUAAAAUUUGCAGAUGCUAUUCUCGUCACAGGGCUCAAUGAAAACAGUCAACUGCAGUGAACGUUGGAUGAGUGUUUUGCAGCAUAGGGAGUCUAAUUCUCAAAUAAAGUGCAAUAAAUAUAUUUCCAUGUUGUGA